GAAGGAGGGGAGGGGGACCUGGAGGGCCGGUAGGACCGAUAGAGGGGCAGGGAGCAGCAUCUGUCAGUGGGGCCUGCUGGAUCGGGCCCUCGAUUAUCCCUGAGGGACACCGCAGCCCAGGGGAGCUGAGUCUGGGCGAGCGGCGCCGGGCCAGGAGCCGCCGUCUGUGUCAAAGAUGUCCAGCAACGGCGUGGAAACCCAGGACAAGCCCCCAGCCCCUCCCAUGAGAAACACCAGCACGAUGAUCGGCACGGGCGGAAAAGAGGCCGGAGCCCCGAACCACGGCUCCAAACCUUUGCCACCGAACCCCGAGGAGAAGAAGAAGCGAGAUCGAUUCUACCGCUCCAUCCUGCCCGGCGACAAAGCAAACAAAAAGAAAGAGAAGGAGCGGCCAGAGAUCUCCCUCCCUUCCGAUUUUGAGCACACGAUUCACGUUGGCUUCGAUGCUGUUACCGGGGAGUUCACCGGAAUGCCAGAGCAGUGGGCUCGUCUGCUCCAGACCUCAAACAUCACCAAGUUAGAGCAGAAGAAGAAUCCCCAGGCGGUGCUGGAUGUGCUGGAAUUCUACAAUGCCAAGAAAGCCUCCAACAGCCAGAAAUAUAUGAGCUUCACAGAUAAGUCCGCAGAGGAAUACAGCUCUUCAAGCUCCCUGAAUGUAAAGAACAUGUCCGAGACACCAACCAUCCCCGCCGUGUCAGAGGACGAGGAUGACGAGGAAGAGGAUGAGGACGACGAGGACGACAACGCGAUGCCCCCUCCAGUGAUAGCCCCUCGCCCGGAGCACACCAAAUCCAUGUACACCCGGUCCGUGAUCGAGCCUCUCCCCGUUUCCCCGACCUCGGAGGUGCCCCCUUCCCCAGUCUCGCCCUCCGAGGUGCCCUCGCCUACUCCCGAAACCCUGGCUCACAGCGCCGACAAGCCGAAGAAGAAGCCCAAGAUGUCAGAUGAGGAGAUCUUGGAGAAACUGAGGAGCAUUGUGAGUGUGGGAGACCCCAAAAAGAAGUACAUGAACUUUGAGAAGAUCGGACAAGGUGCUUCGGGCACCGUGUACACCGCGGUGGAAGUUGCCACAGGACAGGAGGUGGCCAUCAAACAGAUGAACCUGCAGCAGCAACCCAAGAAAGAGCUGAUCAUCAACGAGAUUCUGGUUAUGAGGGAAAAUAAAAACCCCAACAUCGUCAACUACCUGAACAGCUACCUUGUGGGAGAAGAACUGUGGGUGGUCAUGGAGUACCUGGCCGGAGGCUCCCUGACAGACGUGGUGACGGAGACCUGCAUGGAUGAAGGGCAGAUAGCCGCGGUGUGCCGGGAGUGCCUUCAGGCCCUGGAGUUCUUGCAUUCGAACCAAGUCAUCCACCGAGACAUCAAGAGUGACAACAUCCUGCUCGGGACCGACGGCUCCGUCAAGCUCACCGACUUCGGCUUCUGUGCUCAGAUCACCCCCGAGCAGAGCAAGCGCAGCACCAUGGUGGGGACGCCUUACUGGAUGGCCCCCGAAGUGGUGACUCGGAAAGCCUACGGGCCCAAGGUGGACAUCUGGUCCCUGGGCAUCAUGGCCAUUGAGAUGGUGGAGGGAGAGCCCCCGUACCUCAACGAGAACCCCCUGAGGGCCCUGUACCUCAUCGCCACCAACGGCACGCCGGAGCUGCAGAACCCAGAGAAGCUGAGUCCCAUGUUCCAGAACUUCCUCAACUGCUGUCUGGAAAUGGACGUGGAGCGGAGAAGCUCCGCUAGAGACCUGCUGCAGCACCAGUUCCUGAAGAUCGCCAGACCCCUCUCCAGCCUCACCCCCCUGAUCGCCGCCGCCAAGGAGGCCGCCAAGAACAACCACUGAAGCUGGAUUCUCCCCCACCCUCAUCCCUCCAACCCCCCAGGCUUGGCCACACUCCCAAGCCUCUCCGGCCCAUCCUCGGGGGACACUUCAGCCCCCGGUGACCUCUGCCAGCAGCAGAACACACGCGAGACUCGAAUUCUGGAUAACCGGGGGCGGUGCUAGUUGUUCCACGACCGUGGGUUUACUGAUCGGGAAGAUGCUGGUCCCCCGUACCCGCCCCAUGGUGGAGGACUGAGCCCCCGUCUAUCCCAAUAUAGCACAAUAAACUUUAUCCCGUGACUGGGAUGGUCUGAGCCAGCA